CGUGCAGUCAUUAACAUUUUUAUCUUUAAAUCGAACGGGACACCGAGCCAGCCAAGCAAUCAGUGUCCGAUCAUUCGUCUCCGUGGGCGCACGUAGGCACGAGAUACAUUUCCAAGAAGAAGAUAAUAGCCGCCGAUAUAAAAAUGUUCGACACAAAAGUCAUCGCAAUACUGAUUGUUUUCGUAUCUAUCGAAGAUCGAUUAGUUUCAAGCGAUCCCGAGAGCGAUUACUGUUACUCCGAUGAUCCGCAUGCAUACUUGCUCGCCGGAUCCAAAACGGCUUAUGAAAUAUCGCAUAAUCUCAUAAGGAACACUUCCGUGCCAAACUGCGAACCGGCGCAGAUUUGGAUGCUGUUCAGACACGGCACCCGCUACUCCGGGAAAACCGAGAUCAAAAACAUGAAGAAACUGUUGCCGAAACUGCAGCAGAAGAUCCUAAAAAAUCACGAAAACCACGGAAGAGGCCAUUUAUGCCGCGACGAUCUCGCGAAUCUGAGAGCCUGGGAAAUAGAUCCCAAUUUGAGCGAGGACACGCCGAAGUACUUGACGAAACAAGGCGAGACGGAUUUGAAGUCGCUCGGCGCACGGUUCAAGCAAUAUUUCCCACAACUUUUGCAACCCGUUUCAGAGUAUACGCCAGCGGAUAAGUACAAGUUCAAAUCGACGGACUCGCAGCGAACCGUGGCCAGCAUGCAGCACUUCAUCAACGGCGCAUUCGGCAACGUGACUUUCAACAAUACGGAAGUCGUGUCGGCGGAGGAUAACACAUUGCUGAGGCUCUACAAGAUCUGCAAGCCUUGGGUGGAGCUGAUGAAAAACAAAUCGACCAACGCCGAGGUCGACGCGUUCCUGGAUGGACCGGAGAUCGGUCAGGUCACUCGCGAAGUCAGCCAGAGGCUCGGCUUCGACGAGGAUCUUCCAUUCAAGUCCGUUCUUACUAUGUACACCGCCUGCGUGUUCGAGAGAGCGUGGUUCGUUGGAAAGUUGUCGCCUUGGUGCGCAGCCUUCACGGAGGAGUCCCUAAAGGUGUUCGAGUACGAGGAGGACCUUUAUUACUACACUCACAGCAGUUACGGGCAACCGAUGAGCCCGAGGGUCGGCUGUCGACCGUUGCAGGACAUGUUCCAGCAUUUCUCGAGACUGGAGAACCGAGAGGCGCACGAUGACGAACUGCAAGGCGUGUUCUACUUCAGCCACAGCUCCAUGCUGCAGUUGUUCCUGACGACGAUGGGAGUUGCCGAGGACUCGACACCUUUGACAGCCACGAAUUACGGGACCAUGCGGGACAGAAAAUGGCGGGCUUCCUAUCUGGCCCCGUUCGCCGCGAAUUUCGCGGCCGUUUUCUACAGAUGCGACUCCGCGAACAAGGUCCGGUUCUAUCUGAACGAGAAACCCUUGGAGCUGGCGGGUUGCGAGCAAGGCGUCUGCGAUUGGGAAUACUUGAAGAGGAAGCUGAGGACGCCGGGUUUCGACUGCAACAUUGACUUCUGCCAGAUCGAUCAGUGAGAAACGAAUCGUUUCUCAUGCUGUCGGCAUUGUAUUUUCUUCCGUUUAGCUCGUAUAUACGAUAGAAGUUAUUAUUCUAGUUGUUAGAAUCGACCAAAGUGUACCUCUAUGCUUGGAAAAUAAAAGCGCCGCGCGCGGCCGUAGAAAUGCGAAA